AUUAGUAUGACGAAAUGACGUCAUUAUACCAGGGAAUUUCCAGUAAACACUUUUAUAAUAUAAAUAAACGGUGAAUUUAAGCAUAAAUAAAAAGAAAAUGUGUUGGAUUCAGUGUAUUCGAAAGGGGGUCCGAUCAUAGCUUUCCAGAUCGAAAACGAGUUCGGGUCAUACAGCACGGACGUUGCCCAUCUCCACAAAAUCAAAGAGAUGUAUGAGAAGCAUGGACUGACGGAGCUGUUCCUGACCUCUGAUAACAUGGCAGGCCAGUCCAGAGAUGUCUUCUACCAGCACGCAUUGCCUACGGCGAACUUCAAAGAUUAUUACAAAGAAGGGACGGUUUUGUUCGAUCAAAUCCGAAAGUGGAGCCCAAAUUUCCCCAUCAUGGUGACUGAGUUUUGGACCGGCUGGUUUGACCACUGGUUGUUCCCACACAGUGGGCUUGACGUCGAAGAAUAUGCCCGUUAUCUACGGGAGAUAUUGAAGUCUGGUGCCUCUCUAAACUUCUACAUGUUCCACGGAGGGACCAACUUUGGCUUCAUGAAUGGCGCAAAUAAGGAUUCUUUCUACUCGCCUGACGUAACAAGCUAUGACUACGACGCACUGUUGACAGAGAAAGGCGACAUUACACCAAAAUAUUUGAAGACUCGAGAACUUCUACUGGAAUAUGUGUAUAAGCCCGCAGGCCAGACGCUUCCAGAGAUCCCAGGAAAUCAGGAUCAAGCCGCCUACGGAAACGCGAGCGUUAGUGGAUACAUCCGCCUUGACGACUAUCUAACCAGCGUAACGCCCGUCUCACUCGCGUCCCCGAUGCCAAUGGAAAUGUUGAACAUAAGUGGGCGUGGUCACGGACAGAGUUAUGGAUACGUCCUCUAUCGCGCCAACAUACCACGUGGUGCGUCACAGAUCGCGUUCGCCAAUAUACCAACAGACAGAGCACAGAUAUUCCUUAACGAUCAAGAAGUUGCUACCAUGGACUGGAAUACUAAGAGCCUUUUAGUAUCUCUACCAAGACGGCCGACCGACGAUGGAAAGAACACUGCACGUCUGGACAUACUGGUUGAAAAUCAUGGUCGCGUCAACUAUGGCACCAGAGAAUCCGGGGUACUUAACAACGAGAGGAAAGGUAUUCGUGGGGAGGUAACUGUAGACGGUCGCCUUCUCAAGAACCUGACCGCGUAUCCCUUAGAGUUCAAGACGACAUGGUCAUCAUGGUCAAGGACUGACUGGAAUGCGGGGGACAACGGGACGGGGCCCGGGAUCUUCAACGGCUCAGUGACCGUUAGUGGGCAGCCUAAGGACACAUUCCUGUUUAUGAAGGACUGGGGCAAAGGCAUCGUGUUCAUCAACGAUUUCAACCUGGGCCGCUACUGGUCCGUGGGCCCACAGCAGACGCUGUAUGUGCCGGCAGCGAUACUCCGCGAGGGAGAUAACCAGAUCGUUUGGUUCGAGCAUGAAAAGAAGGGCACGGAGCCGAUUUUCACGGACAGGCCGAUUCUCAAUGUUAUCGAUCAGUCAAAAAUCAACCUUCAAGACCUUGCAUAACGAUCAUAGAUCGAAGAAUUGCAAUUUUGGACACUAGUUUCGUAUAACCGCAAUACCGUACCUAGAUGGCCGUUUAGAUAAGCUAUGAUUUUUGUUGUUUUUUAUUUUCGCAAAUAUGCAGUUUAGUUUUAUUAUAAACAAGACACUUGAAGACAACAAUAGCGAUCGACAAGACCGUUUUCUUUGCCUUUAAUGUACCUUUAAAUAGAAACGAUUGUGCGUAAUUAGGUUGUAUUAAAACGUAGACCUGAACAACAGGUCCUGCGAUUAAAAGAAAAAUUCU